AUGGAGUACUCCGAGCUGAAGACGCUCGUCGUCGCGCCCGGCUACAAGACGCCGGCCGACCUCAAGGGCAAGCGCAUCGGCUACGCCGCCGGCACCGGCAGCGAGGUCUACACGCACGAACUGCUCAAGCGCAUCGGCCUCACCAAGGCCGACGUGACCCUCGUCAACCUGCGCCCGCAGGACAUGAUCGCCGCGGCCGCGUCGGGCAGCAUCGACGCGUACAACAUCUGGGAGCCCUACGUCGCCAACGGCCGCAAGGCGCUGGGCGACAAGGCGAAGCUGCUGGCGCUGGAGAACGUCUACUCCGAGACCUUCAACGUCGUCGUCACCGACGACUACGCCAGGAAGAACCCCAAGCUGCUCGCCAGCUUUCUGCGCGCGCUGCUGGACGCCGAGCGCUGGCUCAAGGCCAACCGCGAAGACGCCAUCACGCUGGUGGCCAGCCUCACCGGCAUGAAGCGCGAAGACCUGGCCGAGGUCUGGGGCGACUACAUCUACGAGCUGGUGCUGGACGACCUCACCGUCAAGGCGCUGACCAAGCACGCGCAGUGGCGCAUCGACAGCGGCAACGCGGCCGGUGGCGCGACGACGCUGCCGGACUUCUCGACGGUCGUCCAGACCGGCCCGCUGAAGGAAGUCGCGCCGACGCGCGUGAAGCUCUGA